AUGAGCAUCCGAAGCAAAAACCUGAGAUUGAAAACUGAAAGAGAGUUUGGAAGAAGGAAUAGGAGACAGGAUUCUAGAAAGGGAAGGAAGGAUAGAAACAAAAUCAGCAGUCCACAUGGAAAAAGGGGCGACAAAGAGGAGAAGGAGAAUUACUGUCUAUAUCAUCCCUCAGAAGAGACCAGCCCCUCCGGUGGGUACGUCUUAGGGACCCAACAAAGAAACGACAGGACCAAAGGAGAACACGCCAAGAACCAGCAGAAUAGACGUAUGUGCUCUGACUCCCCCGCAUGGACCGAUUCCUAA